AUGCUCGAACCUAUCGAUUCCGCCUUCUCCCCGUCUCGCUCUCUCUUCAAGCGCUGCGUACCCUGUGGAAACUCCUCCCCCACCUGCCCAUCAUGCCCUGAUGGCUCAAUUUGUACCAUGACCACCCAGACCUGUGAACAGUGCGCCACCACAAAGUGUAUUUCAACAGGGACCGGUGGUUCCCAGCCAUCCUCUGGUGGCAGCGAUUCCGGUGCCAUUGCGGGUGGUGUCAUUGGGGGUGUGGCAGCGAUUGCCCUCAUUGUAUUCUUGGUGUGGUGGUUCGUUAUCCGGAAGAAGCGCCAGGAGCGCCAGGAGGCAGAGAAGAACAACGAAUUCUCGGCUGCUCGCAGUGAACGACAGUCUAUCGCCUCCACGGUCCUAACCCGUGCCUCCAACGUGAUUCAAAUCGCCUAUAUCCCCGGUGUCACCAACCGUUCUCCGCCAGAAACCCCGGCGUCUCUCGUUCCCCCCGUUCCCCCUCUUCCUGGUGCCACUCCCGACCAACACUUCUUUAUGCCAGGCGAUCUCCGUGAUUCGUCCUGGACGACCACCACCGGUCACCAGAGCAUCUCUCCCACAUUGCGUAGCAGUGUGGCAACGACAAUCUACCGCAACGAUGCCAUUGUCAGCGCCGUUCCUGCGCAGCAGAUUCAACGCUCUCGGGCCGCCGUGGUUAGCAUUCACAAUGGAGGAGCUGGGGGCAACACACCCGGCGAAGAUUCCCCAGUCGCGGUCACGGUGACCCCCGCAGAUGCACCUGCCGUACCUGCCAUCACCCCAGCGCAACUCGCCCGGGCGGAAGCCGUCAAGGGCAACAGCUCAUGCGUGGCUCGCAGUGUGACAGCCAAACCAGUAAUGGUGCGUGGUCCUUCACUGAAGAAAAAGGAAAACAAGAACCCGCCUGCCACCGACCGUAUCGAAGAAGUGUCCGAGCCAAACACUAGCAAGAACACGAGCCGGGCACCAUCUGCCACGGACAGCCAGCAGAUCAACCACAACAUUUCCACAUUUGAUGCCUCCUCAGAUGAAGAGGAUGAUACGCCAAGGUCAGCCAACUUGGACACAGACUCUGCACAUCGCCAGUCGGCACGUCGAACCUCUGGCUUAAGUGAUGGGCGGAGCUCCACCGGGACACCACCUGCCCGGGUGGAGAGUCCAUUCUCCGAUGCGAAUGAGGUCAAAUAA